AUGUCAGCCGUACUGACUAGAUCUUACCAGGUUCCUGCAGCAGGGCACGUUGUGUUGCAAGGCUGGUGGAGCUUUAUAGAGGCAGUCCCAGAAGCAGAAAGGCCGCCUGUCAGCUGGGCAGUGUUCCCAGCAGAUGAGAUGGCGUGUGAAAAAGAUCAGCAGUGUGGAGGAGGGACUUGUUGUGCCGUUAGUCUUUGGAUCCGAAGCAUAAGAAUGUGUACACCUUUGGGUAGAGAGGGAGAUGAAUGCCACCCAUUAAGUCAUAAAGUUCCAUUUUUUGGAAAAAGAAUGCACCACACCUGUCCCUGUGUUCCCCACCUGGCCUGUACCAAGAUUGAUGAAAACCGAUAUAAAUGCUUGUCGUUUUUGAAAAAUACAGAUUUUGUAUUUCUAGAAGAUGAAUUGCAAUGA